AGUAGCUUCAGUCACUUCUUAGCUAAAUUGUGUUGCCUCUGAACAUCCCAUUAAGGUUCUUAGAAGUCUUUAAUGUAACAUUGAAAUGGGUGUGAAGGAUCCCUUCAGAGGGUUUAAUAUUAUGACUAUUUUAGUUUAUAAGGCUUUACCUCCUUCCUGAUUUUGAACAUGGCUUAAACAAGGAUGCUUUCAUUAGAAUGUGGACUGAACUUAGGACUAUAACUGGCUCCAUAAAAGCACAGUAAAAACUUUAAAUGCUUUAGAAGAGAUUUUCCUUUCUUGGCUAGUAAUACUUACGUCCUUGAAAUGUGAUUAUUUUUUAUAAUUUUGAAACUGUCUCGAAGCAGAAGUUCAUAAACAUUUAUUUACUCUGCUUUUCUGAGGGUUUUUUGGUAAAUAAACAUCUCUGUAUUUUCUCAGUAAAGUGCCUGCUAGGAUGUCUACUUACAGAAUCACAAUAUCUAUCAUAUUUUAUCUGUCAUAUCAUACAAAAGAAUCCUCCUUUGUGAAUUAAAAUAAAAUAUUGUUUCAUCAGGCAGAUAUUGUACUCAUCAUAGCAUUUCCAGACUUUUGAUAGCAAAAUUAACAAGUGGGAAGUACUGUCAUGAACAGUGCAUUCGUCAUAGAUAUUAGACCUUUGUGUUAACCUCAGGCUGGUAAUUCUGGGCAGGCAAAUGGAAGGGACCAAAAUUUUGUUAGGCGGUAACUGAGGAUGGAGAGGCACAAUUGUGCACUCCUGGUGUAGUGCAAAAGCAUUUGAUAAUAUACCUUACGGUUAAACGUUUGUGCAAUUUGGGUGACUUCUGACUUAGAAUGUAAUGUGUGUGAGUGUGUUAAUUUCUACUGUGCACUUAUGAGCUAAGUUUAGAAACCUAAACUUCCCCUGAUUCCACUUAAUGACAAGUAUGCUACAUCUAGGAAACAAAAAUGUGACAUGGUUUUCUUGCAGGAUGAAGGCAUUGACUUUGACAGUAGAUGGGAGGGAUUCUUUUGCAUCUGAGUAAUACUGCAAAAUGAAAGCCAGUUUUACCAGAAUUGUCUGGACAGUAGCUUCUUUCCAAGGUCUUAUUUCUUUAGCAAUUACACUUAAGUUUCAGCUUUGCACCUUGCAAAAAAGCUAUCAGUUUUUAAAUUAAAUUAUAAGUUUCCUCUUCAUUUAAUGAGUCUUUUUAGACAAAUUGGAUGUUAUUGAGGGGGGAAAAUGCUUGGAGGCAGGCACCAGGGCAUUGUAGAUCAUUAAUUUUCUGAAGUUUAUAAGCAGCUGAUGACAAAGGCAAAAUGUGUUAGCUUGGCUUGCACAAAGCAACUGUUCUACUUGUUUAGAGCUGUGCAUGUCACUGUGAGUUCUCAGUUCUAUAUAAAGGGCAUUUGUUUCUCUGGGUGUUGAUUUAGCAUAGUAUCUUUCCAGUUGACACUGGAUGUGAAAUAAACUUCUUGGCUGUAUUGAAAAGUAUUUUUCAUGUUAAUUGGUUUUUGUAUUUAACAAUAAAAGCAAGGCAGUUUAUUCUGAUUUUAUGACUUAAUAAUUUUGAAAAUAUUUGUUACAAUAAUGAAAGCUUGUGUCUUUUAAUUGGUAACAUAUAUUGCUUUUGUAUUUUCUGUUUUCUUCUGUUUAGGUUAAAAACUUUGCUGUUAUUUAUCUUGUGGAUAUCACUGAAGUACCAGACUUCAACAAGAUGUACGAGUUGUAUGACCCCUGUACCGUUAUGUUUUUCUUCAGGAACAAGCACAUCAUGAUUGAUUUAGGUACAGGUAAUAACAACAAGAUCAACUGGGCAAUGGAAGAUAAGCAGGAGAUGAUUGACAUUAUAGAAACUGUUUACAGAGGAGCCCGCAAAGGUCGAGGUUUGGUGGUAUCACCAAAAGAUUAUUCUACUAAAUACAGAUAUUGAUGUUUCUUUGGGCUGCCUUUUUUCAUAAUCCUGUGUUCAGUUACAUUUAUUUCUGUGUAUGUGUGUACAUAUAUGUAUAUUAAAAGAAAAAAAAAGUACAAGUCUUUGAAUAUUGAGCAUAAUUCGAAUUAUUUAAAAGAUUUGAAUUCUGUUUGAGAAGUAGAAAACUCAAAGCCUGGAACUGUCCUGAAUAUUACUGCAGUAAUAUUGUAGCUGAAUUUUUGGGUUUUCUUUUUUAAAGAUUCUCCUUUGUUGUCUCUUUGGUAUUACCUAUUUUUUGUACACAAAAAGUCUGUUUGCAGAAAAACAUUUCAAAUGGUUUAAGUUGCUUUUAUUACACAAAUAGCUGGGAAAACUAUACUAUAGUUUUUUCAAAGAAUAAAGUGAGUUCCACUUAUGCACCUUAAUUUUUUUCAGCUAAUGAAAUUUGACAAUGAAUACAUAUGUAAUUGGGUGCAAGUCCAUAAUGUUGAAGAUGACUUCUGUUGGGAUUUCCUUGUAUAUCUUACUAGUCCCCUGUAUCCAUUAAAAAUGUGAAUAAAACAAGGUACAUUUAUUAGUAUUUAGCAAAACCCAGAGAAAACAUCUCCUGUGACUUUGCUCACUGCCACACCCCCAUCAGCCUGAUGGACUUGUAGUGCCAGACUCCUUUUUCAUGGUGGCUGUGCACUCACUUUGAAGCACUUGGUGAAUUCUGCAGUGCCAAAGCAUAACUGCACUUCUAGAGCUGGCUGCAGACAGCAGCUGAGGAAACCAAAACCUGUGCUGUCACUUGACCUCCAGUUUGCCUAAUAAUAUACCAAAAUGCACAUGGACUUGGGAGACUUGGAUGACUUGGAUUGGAUUCCACUGUGGCAUAGCUUUUGAAAUUUCCAUUUGCAUUUCUGACAACUUUUAUGGUAAUGGAGUUGAUAUUGUGUGGGGACUUGUUUGUUUUUUAGACUGAUACAUGCAUGUUUACAAGAUUAAUUAAAACCAAACCAGGCUAGCUGCUUUUCCAGAAAGAAGAAAUCCAAUUUGUUACAAGACGAAGAAUUUACUUCUACUACCAAAUGUGUUGUAGAGGAUUUAGAAAGUGUGAAGAAAGUAAAACAAAAGGGUCUAAAUUUCUGCUGAAGUUAAUCUGGUUUAGAGUGGUUCUUGAUUUUGGAAUAAUUUAUGUUGGAAAGGAAUGUCAGCCUCCUAGUCAUAAUAGGUUUCACAUGGUCAGAUUGCCCAGAAUUGUGUCCAGUGUUGAGCAUCUUGGACUAGAAGAUCUUCAAGAUGUCUUCCAACUUUGAUGAUUCCUUGUUCUCUAAAGAUGGAGAUUCUUUGGCCUUUCUGGAAGGCCUGUUCUGCUUUGAGCACCUUCAUAAUUAAAAAAGGUGUUCCUUGCACCUAGCUGGAA